UGCUGAGUCAUAUUAAUGACAUAUGAUAUAUUCAUUUACAUGCAUGCAUGUUGCACCAGGGGAUCUGAAUCCAAAAACCUGCAGACUAAAAACAAACCUAUAUAUAUAAAAAAAAAAAAAAAACUCUUGCAACGUUCAGAGCUAUAGAUAAUAAAUCAUCUAAAAGAACGCAUGCAUCCAUAAGUCUAGGCACCUUCAUUUAGUCUCCUAAACGCUGCCUUAGUGGGAUUCAGACUGGGACAUACGGAAUGUGCGUAAAAAGAGUCGCUCCGGCUGGACGCAAAAAAACGCUCUCCUCCUCCAAAGGAUGAUGAUAAGGCGCAUGGAUGCACUCGCCCCAGACCUCGUUCCCUUAAAUGUGAUAAUACUAACAUCAUUUUCUUACCAACGACCCUUAAUCUGAUCUUUUUUUUUUUUCCUCUCCUCUCCCCACCCCCCCCCCUCCACCCCUCCAUCCCUUCCUCCUGUGUGUGUGUGUGUGGAUUGUGUUCAUCUUUAAACCUGCCAUCACUGUAGCCCCCCGCGUUGCGUUGGCGCUGCGGAAUAGCAGCCUAUACGAGAGAGAGAGAGAACAAGAGGCAGCUUCACAGCCGUGGAAACAAGCGAAUCAAUUUAAGGGAAGGAAGAGGAAAAAAAAGGAGAGAUAGACGAGGCGAGGUUGGGGAAAAAACUGGCUGGAUCGGUGGAGAAUAAAGGGACGAACGAAGGGGAAAGAGAGAAAACAUCGACCUGACGCUGCAGCCGUGGAAACAUUAAGAAAGUGAGAAGACUCCACAGAGAUAACACGUUCAAGAGCAAACCCUCCCCAAAAUCUUCUAUUCUGAUAAAUUGUCAUGGGAACAAACAAUACUGAGUUCCCCUAAAAUGACUUGUUGAAAAGAACAAGGACUUUGAUAGUCAAAAAAAAAGCAUGAGCAAAGUAAAAUAAGAAUCUAUUAAUGAUAAAUAGAGUCUUUUAAUAUAACAUUACACUUUUCCCUUUCCAUUUUUAAAGUGACUGCUUGAAGGAGAAAAACUGAAUAAGAUAAUACAAUAUGAUCAAGAUAAGCACUUAAGUUCCCCUGUUUGGAGGUGACUUAUCAACAUCAUAGCAAUAGGGGUGGGUCAUGACUCAGUUGCCAUGCGUGUUGUCAUGGUGACCAGCCCCUGUUCCCCUUCCCCCCUCCUCUGGUUGGUCCAGCUCUUGUUGUGGUUUCACAACUAUGGACCACAGCUGACAGAGGCAGCACCCCCCUGCCCCACCCCCUGUACCUGCUCCAAUCAGGCGAGCCGUGUCAUCUGUACAAGGAAGAGUUUAGAUCAAGUCCCAGACAGUAUUUCAGAGAACACAAGAUACCUCAAUCUACAAGAGAACACAAUUCAGGUGAUCAAGUCUGACACAUUCAAGCACCUGCGGCAUUUGGAAAUCCUUCAGCUCUCCAAGAACCACAUCCGGCAAAUUGAGGUGGGAGCUUUCAAUGGCCUUCCCAACCUCAACACGCUGGAGCUUUUUGACAACCGUCUCACGGUGGUACCGUCACAAGCCUUUGAGUACCUCAGCAAGCUAAGGGAACUAUGGCUCCGGAACAACCCCAUCGAGACACUGCCGGCAUUUGCCUUUCACCGGGUUCCCUCUUUACGCCGUCUCGAUCUAGGGGAACUCAGGAAGCUGGAUUUCAUCUCAGAGGCCGCCUUCGAAGGUCUGGUCAACUUGCGCUUCUUGAAUCUUGGCAUGUGCGGCUUGAAGGACAUCCCCAACCUCACCCCGCUAGUACGACUAGAGGAGUUGGAGCUGUCAGGGAACCAGCUGGGAAUAGUCAGACCUGGGUCCUUCCAGGGCCUAGUGUCACUUCGCAAGCUGUGGCUAAUGCACUCCAGAGUGUCGGUCAUUGAACGCAAUGCUUUUGAUGACCUCAAAAACUUGGAGGAGCUCAACCUCUCCCACAACUCCCUGCAUUCGCUGCCCCAUGACCUCUUCACCCCUUUGCACCAGUUGGAGAGAGUACAUCUCAAUCACAACCCUUGGGUGUGCAACUGUGAUGUUCUGUGGCUCAGCUGGUGGCUGAAAGAAACUGUUCCCAGCAACACCACAUGUUGUGCUCGAUGCCACGCGCCCCCAGGUAUAAAAGGCAAAUACAUUGGGGAACUAGACCAGAGCCACUUCACCUGCUAUGCCCCAGUGAUUGUUGAGCCGCCCACUGACCUCAAUGUCACUGAGGGCAUGGCUGCUGAGCUGAAAUGUCGCACAGGAACCUCGAUGACCUCCGUGAAUUGGUUCACCCCAAAUGGCACUCUGAUGACCCACGGAUCGUACCGAGUUAGGAUCUCAGUGCUUCAUGACGGAACACUGAACUUCACAAACGUGACCGUGCAAGACACCGGGCAGUACACUUGCAUGGUGACCAACUCCGCUGGAAACACCACUGCGACCGCCGUGCUCAAUGUGUCUGCUUCGGACCCCAGCAACGCCUACAGCUAUUUCACCACUGUCACUGUGGAAACAGUAGAGACAGUGAAAGGAGACGGGGAGUCAGCAAGACAGUAUAUUAACGAGACCUUCAUAGAAUUUAAUAAUCCUACUGUUCAAAGAGGGGUGUUAGAGGGCCGACCUGGCAUCACUACAACGCCUUCUAUCGCACUGCCACCACGAUCCAACAAAGAUACUGAAAACGCAGUGACUGUGUCCAUAAUGGUUGUAACUAACAUUCCAGGCUUGGAUGAUGUAAUGAAAACAACUAAGAUCAUCAUUGGUUGCUUCGUGGCCAUUACCUUCAUGGCAGCUGUUAUGUUGGUAGUAUUCUAUAAACUCCGGAAGCAGCACCAGCUACACAAGCACCACGGCCCUGCCAGAGCCAUCGAGAUUGUCAAUGUAGAAGAUGAGAUCGGAGCCGGGGCCGGGAGUGGCAUCUCGGGUGGUUCAACGAUGAAUUCUGGCAGCGGAGAAGGAACCCUAAGGAUACAUCAUCCAGAAAUAGUUAACCUCCCCAACAUUGGCCGUUCGGAUACUCUCAACCAUUACUACAAGACCCAUCAUUUCAACAACAAUGUGAUGGGUCUUAGUAUCGGCUCCGAAGGGAUGGGACCAGGAAUGAUCCUCAAUAGCAAGAACCAGCAACUCCAGGAUAUGCCCAUCUCCUGUACCUCAGUCCCGAUCUCCACAUCUAAUUUGCUCGGCUCAUCAGGCAACGGCACCAACAUGAACCCCUGUUCUAUGUCCCCACCGCUGCCGAUGUCCCUCCCCAUGCCUACCAUGGGCUUACAUGGAUCGAUCAAGGGUUUCAUGGGCCAAAACCAGAAUCCCCAAAUGGAGCCUCUUCUCUUCAAGGGGAGCUCGAAGGAAAACGUCCAAGAGACUCAGAUCUAGAAACAAAAGCGAGAGUAUAGAGAGAGAGAGUGAGCAAGAGUCGGAGACAGAGAGGGGAUUGAUGUUGGGUUUAUGCGCGGAAUGAUUAGACACUAGAGUGCAUUGACAUUACACCAGGAGAGAGGAUAGACUGACACGGCAAUACACAAACACAUAGACUUAUCCGUGACAGUGUACUGAGCCAAGGAUUACCACAAUGGGCCACUUGUGUUUGUAGUAACGAUCAUGGCCAUGGAGAUCAAGGAAUGGACAUUGCUACAAUGUAAAUCUGUGCCAAAGCAAAUGUUUUUUGCAGUUUCUACAAGCUGUGUUCUCAUAGGGAAAAACUAGCCUUUCCGAGUAAUCAGUCCCCAAAUCGUUGUUGGCCAGCAGAGAUGAAAGACAUGCACAGCACUUACAACACUGAAGAUCGGAGAUAUUACAGAACAAAAUCCAAGAGACAUUUUUCUUCCACACAAAAACACAAGCCACACUCUCUCUCAAGUGACUCAAUAGACUCCCUCAAGGUGACAAUUAUGUAGGCAUAAAUAGAUGGACAAAAAGGUACAGUGCAGUACAAACUACUGUGAAAAAUCCACAAAUUAUAUAAAUAUAUUUUCAUUUAAAUAUGUAUCAUUGCAGACUCCGAUGCAGAGAUAUUUUGGGACGGAUGUAUAAGCUGGUAUAGUUUGUUUCUUUGUGGAUAAUCAGGGGCGGCGAUAGUGGAGGUUGGUUAUAUGAUACAUGUUUUAAGUUUGGCUACUUCUCAGAAACAUAAGGGCUCAAUUGCAACACUCAUUGUGAAUCUUUGAAUUGGCUUUGUGACAUGAAGUCCAUUUAGGUUGUAGAACAGUAAACGCAGAUCUCUGUUUGACAAAUUUUUUUCUGUUGCUUCAGUAAUAAUCAUUACAAACUUUUGUGUUCUGAGAGUGUAUUAUGUAUUUUGUAAAAGCCAGCUACUUGGUAUUUGAAUUGACAAUUCUGAUACUUAAAUGCCAGCAUCAAACAAUGGUUAAAACGAUGUUCCACAAACGCGGAAAGGUGAUCCAUUGCAAAGACCUGUAUGGGUAAAAUAAAGUGUUGACAAUGUGUUAUUUGAAUCAGAUCAGUAGCCAGAUACUUGCUUUUAGACAGGAAUUUGAUAUGACCUCCUUGCUCAUGGUUACCAUAAUCAUGCCAUAAAAUGCUGUCAUAAGGAUGAUUAGACAUCUAUCUGCAGCAGCAUUCAAGAAGGGAUUAAACAUCCAUCUUGGGAUGAUUGGAAUGAAUGAAAAUGUACAGUAUAUUAAUAAUAAUAAUGUCUGGUUGUAUGACAAUUGUAAGAUCCACAUUUUUACAGUGUAACUUUCAUAUGUUAAAUGCCAUUUACGCUUCUCGCGUUUCAACUAUGUAUUUCUUUAUUUUUGUUAGUUUGAUAUAAUGUGUACAGUUGUCUAGCCAUGUAUCAUUACGUGUGAAAUAAAUCAAUCAUAUAUUGGGUUGUGGCGGGUCAAUAUGGCGACCACAUAAGUAAAGAGUGAGACGUUAUGCAGGCCUCUGUGCUAAACCCCAAUUGAAUGUAUGGUUUGUGGUUCAGCCAUUAGUCAUCCUGGUAAUGAUAGGUGCCAUCUGCUCUAUCGACACGUUCAGACGGGCUUUUAAGCACUCUCCCAUACCGUAGAUGUUCCACAGACACUACUGGUUUUGCAAAAUGAGUGUUUUUAACAGAUGACAACUUAUUCUUAAUGAAGGUGCUUUUGUCUGAAAUUAGCCCUCAGUAUGCUUCUCCCAUGGUGAUUCUUUCAUGUUAGUUUGGAAAUGGGAAGAAGAAUUGAGGAAAGAAUAAUUAAAUUAUCUCUUUUUUUUGUAUUGAACAAGCAGGGACCUAAAAAUGUUUGUUGCAAUUGAGCACAAACUGGACCAGUUAUUCCAGAUAAAUGUACCUGAGAUAGUAGUAUCGCCAAAAUCAUAUCAACAAGGUUUUAAUGCAGCUCUGUAUGUGAUUUUGCCGGGUUUUUUUCUGCUGCUUAUCCUCUUUCAGACCUGCAUUGCUUAUAUAUAUAUAUAGGAGCUGUUUUAUAUGAGCGAUGAUGGUUUCUUAUCAGCAACGAGCCCACACUUAUUGAGAGAAAAGGAACACUGGGGAAUAGUAAUAAUAAUGGUGAUAAUAUGAGUGAUGAAAACCCACCCAGAUUGCACUGUCACAGAGGUUAAUCCAUGAAAGGAACAUCUUCUGCGUCGAUGCGCACCACGUUCAUCCUGUUUUAAAACAUCUAAUCCAUCUUUUAAAAUGUUUCUGGUUAUACCUGCAACACCACAUGUAAACCGAUCGAUCAAACAACUCAGAUUGUCUAAAUUACAGCCGUGUAUUUUCUCCAAUGUUUGGCCGCGGAUCUCAUUCAAAAGCAUAGUAAAAAUGUAAAUGCAUUGCGACCCCACAGACGGCUCUAGUGGGCAGGGUUCAACCGUAGCCCCACAGAGACACAAAUGGAAUAUAAAUGAAGGCUAAAGACACAACAUAUGGGCACGCUCCCUUGAUGUGCUACAUUCGGUGGCUCUGCCGUCGGAUUUCAAAGAGCAUACUAGAUACCUCCUUGUGUGCUGUGCUGUGUGUGUGAGGGUGCAUUCCUGCAUGUUAACCGUGGAACAAAAUCUUCUUACCUGAGCGCUACUGUAGCAGUGUUUUAUUACGAUGGUGACUCACCUAAUCAGCACAGAAAUGUUCCUUUCAUACCUCUGGACAUCCGCAACAUGCACGAUUAUCAUCAUUAUUAUUAACAUUUGGAGGAAAUGCAGAUUACAUCUUAGUAUAGUGGCUGCCGUUGUACAUAUUGAUUUAAAAGGAGGCUCAGUCAGUAACGUAUGAGCCCUUUUAAUGAAGAUCACAAGCUUGAGACUGGAAUCUGAAUAUGUGCAUAUUGGGCAACUGUACCUCACUGUAUUAUAUAGUAUAUGGUGGUGAAUUGAUGCAGUUUGGCUACAGAUGGAUGGAGUGCUGGCAUAUGUGUAUUCUCUUCACCAUCCGUUGCUCGCAAUGAAUGGAUGCUUCAGCCCAGAUGACAUUUCUUGGUUUGUCGGAAGCAAAGCUCCUUAAUGAAAAGGAUUAUCAUAUCCGAGACACCAAAUUGCAAGACAAGAAAAUGGACUGACCUUUUGGUCUUUUAAAGGUAAGCUGUUCAGUUUGAUAAAACAAUGUAAAAAAAAAAGAAAAAGACCUGG